CAUAAACCCAAGAGGAGGAUUCCGAUAAUUUGCCAGUUGCCACAGAUAUCGUAACCCUCCCCAGGGACUUGCCUGAAAUUCCACAUUCGCACUUUCUCCUCUUGUAAUUUAUGGAAUAUAUCAAUAAUGACCUUUAUCAAACCGCCAGAAUGAGUUCGACCAUUUUUGCCAACGCAAUUGCCAAUUCGGGACGUGUUUCAAAGUCUCUGUCCAGUGUCCACCCCAACAUUGGAUAUUUCGCCCUUUUCUUCCAAAGAUAACCACCACCAUGACCAUCUUUCAUUUACCACCUUAUCAGAGUGUCGUCUGGAGGAAUUGGUUCUUCGCUUUUCUCGGGAUAAUUUUCUUUACCAGGAAAUUCUCUGGGAAAUAAAAUAUCACCGAGAAAGUUUUGGUCGUCGUCGUUAUUAUCGAGACUUUGCUCGGCGGGUUCCUUUGAAGAGACUAUUCUGGGUUUUGCUCUUUGGAGGUGGGUUUUGCAAUUUGUGGUUGCAGAGAUGCUAGGUGACAGCCAUGAUAUAUUUGAUUGCGAGGGUGGGAAUAGCGUCUGUUUCCAUAAAGGUAAGGGAAAGAGACUGUGGAAGAAAGUCAAAUAUCAGCUUAUUGGGUACCACUCAUUGCCAGGGUAUUUAAGGGAUAAUGAGUUUAUUCUGGGUUAUUACCGAUCUGAGUGGCCACUGAAGCAGUCGUUCCUCAGCAUCUUCUCCAUUCAUAAUGAAACACUUAAUGUCUGGACGCAUUUGAUUGGGUUCUUCCUUUUCCUCUGCCUGACCAUAUACACAGCAAUGAAAUCCCCAGCUGUCAUGGAUCUCAAUUCCCUCCAACGUUUGUCUGACAUGGUCAAAGGAGCUGAUUUGCACGAGAUUCAUUCUGAACUGUUGAAGUGCCUUCCUCCACUACCUAAGAUGCCUGGUUUUCAUAAAUUAAAGGAUGAAUUACGGACAUCUUUUCCUUCUAUGGAUUUUCUCUCCUCACUUUCAGAUUGGCAUAUUGUGCAACUCCUCACCAAGUGCUUGCCUGAUCAGUUCCCCCAGCAUGGUGUGAAAGAUGAUGUGGAGAACAUGGUGGCACCCCUUAUGAUCCAGCCAAUCACAAGGUGGCCCAUUUUCACCUUCUUCUGUGGAGCUAUGUUCUGCUUGCUAGCCAGCAGCAUGUGUCAUCUCCUCUCUUGUCACUCAGAAUACCUUUCUUGCAUAAUGCUCAGACUUGACUAUGCAGGCAUUUCAGCACUGAUUGCAACUUCCUUUUACCCUCCUGUCUACUACUCCUUUAUCUGCGACCCCUUCUUCUGCAACCUCUAUUUGAGCAUCAUAACAAUCUUAGCUCUUGCCACAAUUACUUUCUCUUUCGUCCCAGCUUUCCAAAAACCCAACUUCCGGGGCUACCGAGCUUCCCUCUUCUUUGGAAUGGGCAUGUCAGGUGUGGCACCUAUAGUUCACAAGCUAAUAUUGUACAAGCAUCAGCCGGAGGCCCUCCAGACUACUGGUUACGAGAUAUUAAUGGGGGUUUUAUAUGGAUUAGGAGCGUUGAUUUACGCGACAAGGAUACCGGAGCGAUGGAAACCCGGCAAGUUUGAUAUUGCAGGCCAUAGUCACCAGCUUUUUCAUGUCUUGGUUGUGGCAGGGGCCUACACACACUAUCAGGCUGGUCUGGUCUACCUCAGAUGGCGGGACUUGAGAAGUUGUUAAGAGUUAACCCUCGGGUACUGAUAGGUGAUGGGUCUUAUGUUGGGUGUCUUCACUCUGAAUUGGUUAUAAGAUUGUUCUUGCUGAUAGACCUCAUGAUUGAAUGAAGUUGUCAGGUGGUUGGGAUCUCCAAUCACUCACCAUACGCUAUAGAAACUAAUUUGUUAUAAAGUGCAUGGCCCUCCCAUAUUUUAGUACAAAAUUAACGUAAGGACAUGCCCAACACCACAAUAUGGAAACUCUUGAUUGGCAUGGUGCAAGUAUCAGCCAAAUAGGCACUUGCCAAAGCCGUCAUGGCACUAACUCACGGUGGUUGAGCUUUUUUAUUUAUUUUUUAAACAAUGAUUGAUGUUGGUUGA